AACUUAAAGCGCCUAAAUAAGCUAGAAGAGAAGGCUAUAGUUAGACGUAUUCUUAAAGAGUCUAUAAGAGAAUUUGCGUCUACGAAGGCUAAUAUUUACGUAAUAGCUAAUAAACUAUUAUAUAAGCGAGAGGGUAACCCUAUUAGUAAGAACUAG